GACACGACAAUGGCUGCAGCGGACGAUCUGCCCUGGCCCGAGCUCGGAAACGUCUCCCGCGGCGCAACAAGAGGGAAUCAAGGCCAAAAGGGUGUACUAGGCCCUCCAGACCGGGAAGGGCGCUGUGUUCUCCAACUACGCGUUCAACCGGGGGUGCUUGCUGUCCGUCUUAAUGCCCAAGCCAGCGACUGGUACCGCACUCUUGACAACGAGGUUAACCGCGCCCUCAAACUCACCAAAACCUUCUGGCGAAAGGCUCGUAGGAGACAGGACUACGAUGCACGCGCUGACCAAGACCACAUGGAGCUUCACGAGUGGCUACAACAGCUAAAGGACAAAACCAUGUCCCACCUCGAACUCCUUAUGCAAAAGGGCGACAUUCAGGGCCCCCCAUACACCAUGCCUGACGACAUCGAGCUGACGUUUUUGCGCAAGUUCAUUGAGCGGCAGGCCGCCGGCGUCGAGCAUAACCCUCGCUUGAGAAACCCGGGCCAUUCAUCUUCUUCCCAUGCCCAGCCGCCCCAACCUCCGCCACCCCCCGAAUCUUAUCCUAUGCGCCCCCACUCCAACUCGGUCGACUCGCCAUCGCCUGAACCCUCAGAGCGCACAUAUCCGCCCACUUCGCGCAACUCCGGCUCCCCAGCGGUCCAUUCGGUCGACUUGCAAGAAUCAACGACAGCUGCACUCCACAACUGUCGAGCAACUUUCUUGCGUGCGCAAAAAGAUUCCCAGGAGGCUUUCAUCCGAUACACCAACUGCCUCGAGGCGGAACGGCAAGCCAGGGCCGCUUUGGGGGCAGCCGAGCAGCGCCAUGAAGAUUACAUGGCAGCGCUUAUGGCCAGAAACCAGGCAGGCGGGGCCGAUGCCCAGUCUCGCCACUCUUCUGUCUCUGGCGAUGAACCCAGUCCACGCUACGAUGACUUCCGGACAGCCGACGGGAUGCGAUCGACGCUGCCAGCUUCGAAACAAAUGGACUGGCCAGUGGAUGGAAGCCAAGGCCUCUACCCGACCGAAUCUUCCAGCCAUCUCGAUGACCAGAGCAAAUCCCGCAAGCAUUCACGCACGUGGGAGCACCACAAUGGUCUGCAAGACGCGCAUUAUAACGAUGGGCCAUAUUGUCACAACGGCCAAGACAUGGCGGGACUCUCCGGCCAGCCACCCCGAAAACGAGUGCAUCACAUGAUGCCGACCUUCGACGUUCUUAGCGGCGCCGCGCUUCAGUCGAACAUGCUACCGUCAUAA